AUGAAGAUAAGGCAUUUUUCAUAUUUACUAUUGUUAUUAACAAUUCAAAUUUGUAAACAAGUACAAAGUCAAUGUUCUGGUCGAAUAUGGACUAUUCAAGAUAUAACUAUUGGCUCGUUUACAAUUUCAUGGAGAUAUAAUAACACUUCGAAUACUGUUCAAUUUGUUAUUCAAGGUCAAGCAAGUUCAAACAUUAAUCUUGCAUCUACUUAUAUUGCAAUGGGAUGGUCUGACACAGUACCAACAGGGAAUACUAUGGAUGUAGCAAUGUUUUUUCCUGGAACUCAAAUAGUUCAAGAUAGAUAUUCUCGAGGAUAUGCAACCAUCUAUUGA